AUGUCUUUACCUCCCGCUGAAGAACUCCAAGAAAAUCAUCCUGACAUUGAAACUAUUUUGAGUUCACCACAACAGAAAUUUGUUGCACUUGCAGAAAAGCAGUGGGUAGUAAAAGCCGUUCACCAUGCGGAAACUUAUUUCAAACUAAUAACUUCCAUUGAUGGCAAAAAUCUUCACCUAACACCGAUUGACGAUGAAAUCUACGCGGAUUUCACGCAGAAUUUCCCAGAUCUGCGUAUAGAUGUAUUGAAUGAGGAUGAAUUAAAAUCAUCAGAGGCAAAAAAUAAGUGGCGUGAAUGGAUGUCGAAAUACGAGAAUAGAGUUGAGGAUUACAAUUUUGGGACGUUGUUACGUAAAGACGUUCGUGGAGAUUACGAAGAGAGCAAUACUAUACUUGGUAAUUCAUCUCUUUAA